CAUUGUAUGAAGAUUUUAUUAUAUCCGAAAACAAUGAUCAUUCUGAGUCCUCACAAUCAAAAUUUGGAGUAAAUAUGGCUGCAAUGUUAUUAGAUAGCGGCUCCAGAGAAUCUAGUAUUUUAGCAUUAUAUGAAGGUUUUAUUGUAUCUGAGACUAACGAUCAUUUUGAGACCUCACAAUCAAAAUUUAGAGUAAGUAUAGCUGCAAUGUUAUUAGAUAAUGACUCCAGAAGCUCUAGCAUUUCAUCAUCAUAUGAAAAUUCUAUCAUAUUUGACGAUUGUUCUAAGACUACACAAUCAAAAUUUGGAGUAAGUAUGGCUGCAAUGUCUAUUAUAUUCGAGAAUAAUGAUCAUCCUGAAACUAUAUAA